GUGUGCUUUUUCCUAUAGGAAAGCAGCCGCCACUUAGUGCUGAGAGCAUUUAAGUGCUCAGAGAGAUCCGGGCUGUGUCCGUAGAACGUUCCGUAAGGCCGGCAUUAUAUCAGCCUGGGCCGAGGGGGGGCUACAAUAUAAAAAUUACCAGGGAAUCCAAAAGAACAUCCUCCUGAUCCGCUGUCUCCCCCCCUGUAAUGCAGCUGGAUUGGCCGGGCAUUAACAGAUUACAUUCUGGCUUCCUGGCAGAUUUAACUGGAUUCAUCCUGCAAAGAGGCCACUCGGACUUCUUACUCGGCUGCCGGGCACAUCUGCCCCCCGACCCUCCUCGUAGGAAGCGACACCCCAAUUCUGCCCCAGACGCAUGAGAAUUUUCUCUCACUUACUGCUGCUUCUCGCACCACAGCGCUUCCUCCUGCCCGGUGCAACGGAAAGUUCUUCCCCCUUCUUUUCUGAGACAGAUUAUGCAAUCUAUUUAUUGAGCCUUAACAAGAUUUGAAUGCCGAAGCUCCUGUCCAUGCAAAUAGAGAAAUCGGCUGAGCAUCAGAAAGGAGAGGCGACCCCAAGGCGUUAGGCUCGUGGCCCCCGGCAGAGUAUUCUCCAAGGGCUUGUACCACUUAACUCCGCUACAAUGGAUGAAAUGGAUGCUCCACAGAUGAAGAAGGAGGUAGAGAGUCUGAAGUACCAGCUGGCUUACAAGAGAGAGAUGUGUUCCAAAUCUAUACCAGAGCUGCUAAAGUGGAUCGAGGACGGCGUACCCAAUGACCCCUUCCUGAAUCCGGAGCUGAUGAAGAAUAACCCUUGGGUGGAAAGGGGAAAAUGCAGCAUACUGUAAAGCGCUCGCUCCCGACCCCCCCAGCGGUACCAUUACCCAUGUACUCUGAAUGUACUUAAAUAUAUAACAAUAUUAGGAUAUAGAUAGGAAGCUGCUCGGAGAGUUUACAUUGCUAUUUAACAAACUGUAUCAAAUAAAGCGGUUGGGGGGGCUGGUAUAAUUUGAUCAUCUGGGUUUUUUCUUUUCAAGACCACCAUAAGCCAGGUCAGUGGAUCAAUGUGGCCCUAAAUCUCUAAUAUUUAAUCUCUAGUUUGAGAGUUACAGUAGAAGGUGACAAAAUACAUUUGAGGGGGGGGGGGCAUACGGUUACAAUUGUAUGGCGGCAAUAAUCCAGAUGGGGGGGGCUUUGUACUAUGCAGAAUAUAAUUCUCGGCCUGCUGUGGGUAAAUGCAAAGCCCACUGGCUCUACCCUACCGGCCUAUGCACUAGGUAAUGCGUUAGAAGGAUACUACUAGUAUUAAUUACCCUACUGAUUAGCCCUAACGGAAUGCUACCCUCACAGGGCACUAUAUAGGGCUUACUUGGCUUAAUAAAGCCUAUCUUGGGCAAGUUGUCCAGGCUCAUUUUCUCUGAAAUCGAAUGGAAAUGGGCAGCUGGAAGAAAAUGCUCUCUACUACACCCCUAAAUGCCCACCCUCCCUGAGACACAAUGAAGUCACAUAACUAAUAAAGGCAUCUUGAUGCAGUAAUAGCUGACAGGCUCACACUCAUUUUCUAAGUGAGAGAGUAAGGCAGAAAUACUGCUGGUAGAAAUACUGCCCCCUUUUGACAAAAUGGGUAACUCUACAAGGGAGCAAUCCGGUAGGGUAAUGAAUGAUUUUAGUGUCCCUUUAAGCUUUCUUCAGGUUGAUGUCAAUACUUUACCAGAUUAACCCCCAUCUCUUCUGUAGCCUUUUUACCCCUACAAGUCAGUUUACCCCCAUAGACCCUUCCUAAUGAGAAACUUGAGGUUUUUCUUCCUUCUCUUAAAUGUGGCUCUUUCUAAGGUUGUGCUUGACAGAGCUAAUUUUACUUUUCAAACAUGUAAAGGAAAAACAAAAUGCUUUCUAACAAAUAUAUAUAUAUUUAACCGUU